AUGAACGAACAGAUAACUACCCAGAUAAAUCAUCUCAUGUAUAUGGAUGACAUAAAAUUAUAUGCCACGACACAAAAAGAUUUGUAUCAAUUAGCUAAUCUUACUGAGCAAUAUUCUCAAGAUAUUUGUAUGGAAUUUGGCAUUGAUAAAUGCAAAAUUAAUGCAAUCAAAGAUGGACAAAGUCUACAACACACUUACCACAUGGAAGCUGGACAGCAAAUCAAUUCACUAGAAGAGACCGAAGUUUAUAAGUAUUUAGGAUAUAACCAGGGGAAGUUAAUAGAGUACAAAAACACAAAAACCAAACUAAUACAACAAUUUAAACAUAGACUCAACUCCCUCGCGACUGUCCAAUCUGACGCUAAAUUAACACCGCUGAACCUCAAAGACAAAACAUUCCAAAAAAAUGAGACACAAACCACAGAACAGACAAAAAUAAAUGAGUGGGCCCGAAAGUCUCUACAUGGGAGACAUCGACAUGACCUCUGCCAACCUAAUGUCGACAAAGCAGCGUCGAACGCGUGGUUAAGUCGUGGCGAACUCUUCCCUGAGACUGAAGGGUUCAUGAUUGCUAUACAAGACCAAAUAAUUGAAACUCGCAACUACCAAAGACAUAUAAUGAGGAUCUUAAACUUGCCUACGGACUUGUGCCGAAAAUGCAAUAGUAAUUCUGAAACCAUACAGCACAUAACAGGCGCUUGUAAAUUAAUAGCGCAGACAGAAUAUAAACACCGCCACGAUCAAGCCGCAAAUAUUAUCCAUCAGAAGUUAGCUUACAAAUAUAAUCUCAUAUCAAAUCUGAAACCCAUACCUUAUUAUAAAUAUGUACCAGAAUCAGUUCUCGAAAACAACGAAUACAGACUGUAUUUCGACCGUGCAAUUCUUACAGAUAGAACAAUCCAUUACAAUAGACCUGACAUUACACUUCAAGAUAAAAAGAACCGAACUGCAAUCAUCAUAGACAUAGCUAUACCCAACACACAUAAUUUACAAAACACAAUAUCCGAAAAACUUUCUAAAUAUACAGACCUUAAAGACGAGAUAAAGCGCAUGUGGCGGCUUAAUGAAGUUAGCAUAGUUCCCAUAGUAUUAUCCACUACAGGUGUCAUUCCCAAACAACUUCACCAGUCACUCAGCUUACUCAAUUUACCGGAAUUCACCUACAUAUCUCUCCAAAAAGCUGUAAUCCUGAACACUUGCAGGAUAGUCCGUAAAUUCUUACAGGGUAGUGAAGAGCCUACACAUCGAACUGGUGAACCCACACACAAUCACAAUAAUGCCCAACCACAACCUUCUACUUGA